AUGCCAGCCGUGCUGUGAAGUGGACAACAGCUCGCGAGCCCGCCCUCGCGCACCUUUUCAAAGCGUGUCACGGGGAGAUACUGUAUGUUAGGAAGCUAGAGAUAGACAGAGAGAUAUAGGAAUAACAGAUGGAGAGAGGGACAGAGUUAGAAAGAGAGAGGGGGGUUGACAACGAGGAGCAGCAAUAACAGGAAACACAGCGCGCAGGGCUUUGCUUUCCUACGGAGCGGAUGCACUGACCAGAGCAAACAGAAGGGCACGAGAGGAGCGGUAGCAGACAGAUAAACGGGAAGAGGAACACUAGAACACCUCAGAACUAACCGGUUCUAACAUUCUCACAGAGAGAGAAGAGUCGGUUUCCGUGCGGGGUGUUAUCCAAUUGAAAACAGUCAUUGACGAGGGGAAUAGAAGGUUCCAUGGAUUCCCCUUGUGAUCUGUUUGGUCGUCCCUUUGACCUUUACCCUGACCCCUCCACCACCCUUGACCUCCCCAGACACCUCACACCCUCUGGAGGGGGGCACGGUGCACCCUACCCUGGAGCCAACCCCUCCUACCCCCUCAUCCACCACCUGCUGCAGCCUGGUGGAGCCCCCAUGAGGUCUGGGGGGGAAUUACACCUAGACAGAUAUAACAGGGAAGAGGAAGGGAUGGAGGAAGAAAAGGAGGGGAUGGGUGGACGCUUGGUAGAGGUGGGGGGGAAGAGGCUGAGCGGUGACGCCCUAGUGGCGGACUGGAGUUAUGACAUGAUGAGAGUGAAGCGAUUGAGACUGGAGAGUCUAGUUAAAGGAGAUGGAGAGAUAGGCUUAGAGGAAGAAGAGGUGGAGAAAGGGAGGAGGAGUGCGGAGAGGGGGAACAGGGAGAAAGGGAGGAGAAGGGAGAGAGAGGAGCUGAAGGAACAGUUGGAAGAGGCGAGAGAAAGACUGAAGGCCUUGCAGGAGAAAGUAUGGAAAGCAUUCGGAGAGAGACCCGCUCAGGAGGAGAAGAGGUGGACCGGAGGAGAGCAGGAGGAGGAUGGUGAUGGAGAGACGGACAAAGAGGAGGAGGAGACAGCAGAAGAGGAGGUGGGAGAAAUAGACGAUCUCUCUCUUCCCUUCAUCCCCUCUUCUCCCCAUUUCCCAGGCAUCGCUAAACGAGACCGAAAAGCAAGGGACCAUGAGAAAAGGAGUGAAGAACAGAGGAACGCGAAUGGAGGAGGCGGGGUGUUUUUGGAGGGGGUUCUGGAGAGGGUGGCAGUGUGGAUGGGGUGCGGGGUGAUGAGGGGGGAAUGGGAGCGUUUUGGAGGGGAGCAGAAGUUUGCCCAAGCUUUGAAACAGGAACUGGGAAGCGCUGUAGCUCGAGUCGUCGAUAGGGUCCUCCGUCUAUACACCCAAAACGAACCUCUACCUCCCUCCAUUCAUCCUUUCACCCUGUCACCCAGAGAGGGAGGGAACGAGGGAGGAGGCAGAGGAGGAGUGUGGGCAGCCCUGAGAGAGAGGAGGGAGAGAGAACGGGGUGGAGGUUCACCUCCCCACUCGAACAGAGCUCCGCCCCCCCACCACCAGGAACAAUCUGAAGCGUUGCCGUUGAUUACCCGUCGCCCCGACAACCGCCGAAACCAUCUUCUACCCCUCAACAACCACCCUAACAACCGAACUAAAAACCCUCUUCUCCCUCCUCAACCCUUCCCCCCUCUCUGCCAGCCUCACCCCCCUCACCACCACACCCACCCCGCCCUCCUCCCCCCCUCCUCUUGUCAUAAGGACUCCUCCCCCUUCCUCCCGCCCUCCUCCUGCCCGCUCCCCCUCCCCCUCCUCCACUACACCAUGCAGCAGCUCUUCACUCGUUCUCUCUCUCACCUUCAUCCUCUCCACAAAGGGAACGUUAUGAACCCUUUCCCCUGCCUCCUCACCCCAUCCUCCUCUUCCUCUCGUCCCUCCUUCCCUCCCCUCGCUGUGAUGGAGGGAUUGGACCGGCUGGAACGUCAUCAUGAGAGGGAGGGAGGGAUGAGAGGAGGAGGAAGGGACGGCGGGAUGGAUUCUGGGAUGUAUCUCGGCCCGGGUUCAUUUCAGGAGGGUUUGUCCCCCUGUCAUCUGAAGAAAGCCAAACUGAUGUUCUUCUACGCUAGAUACCCCAGCUCUAACACGCUCAAGACUUACUUCCCUGAUGUCAAGUUCAACCGCUGCGUGACCUCCCAGCUCAUCAAGUGGUUCAGUAACUUCCGUGAGUUCUUCUACAUCCAGAUGGAACGCUUCGCCAGACAGGCUGCCCGCGACGGUGCACCCUGCCUGGGGAGAGAGGGCAGAGAGCCCCCUCUCCGCCUGGGGAGAGACACGGAGCUCUAUCGCAUACUGAACAUGCAUUAUAACAAGAGCAACGACUACCAAGUUCCUAACAGGUUUGUGGAGAUAGCAGAGUUAGCACUGAGAGAGUUCUACAUGGCGAUACAGACUGGGAGAGAUAGUGACCCCUGCUGGAAGAAAUCCAUCUACAAGAUUGUCUGUAAACUAGACAGCCCUGUUCCAGAUAGUUUUAGACUGCCUGAAUGUCCAAUGGGCUGAGGAGAGGACAC